AUUUUCUGACGUCACAUGAACCUUACACGCGGUGAUAGAAAGUGUGGUGAAAUACGGCGUCAAUCCUGAAUAAUUUCUUUUUUUUUUCUUCACUAAAAUGGCGUCACAAAACGGACAAGAGAAUGUGCCAGAUUCAUGGGAAUCAGAUGUAUCAGAUAUUUCAAAACCCUUAUCAAAUUUAAACGUUAACGCUCCGGUUUUUACGCCUGGUCAAAAUGUUUUUGCUCCUCCAUUUGUCCCGGUUGAUAAUCCGCCAGAUUCAGAAACAGCCGAGGAAGGGCAACACAACGAGGAAGAAACAGAGCCACAGCCAGAUAUAAAUGAUGAGGGUUCUCCACCAGAGACAGAUUCAAAAGAUCAGAUGGAAACUGAUAAUAAAGCUGCUAUGCUGGAUAUGGAAGGAAAUGGUGAGAUAGAUGAUUGGGCUCAAGAAGACGAAGAUGGGAUGGAUGAAGAAGACAGUGAGAUAAAACCAGUGAAAAAACCAAAACCUCCUGGGCAGCCUAAAGUUCGUAAAGAGCACCUUAACGUGGUCUUUAUUGGGCAUGUUGAUGCUGGAAAGUCUACUAUUGGUGGCCAUAUGUUAUACCUCACUGGCAUGGUAGAUAAAAGAACAUUAGAGAAGUAUGAAAGAGAGGCCAAAGAAAAAAACAGAGAAACUUGGUAUUUGUCUUGGGCUUUGGAUACAAAUUUAGAAGAAAGAGAAAAAGGUAAAACAGUUGAAGUUGGUAGAGCCUAUUUUGAGUCUGAGAAGAAACAUUAUUCUGUGUUAGAUGCCCCUGGUCAUAAAAGUUUUGUGCCGAAUAUGAUUUGUGGUGCAUCUCAAGCGGAUUUGGCUAUUCUGGUGAUUUCUGCAAGACGAGGUGAAUUUGAAACUGGGUUUGAAAGAGGUGGACAAACAAGAGAACAUGCUAUGCUUGUCAAGACUGCUGGAGUUAAACAUUUAGUAGUGCUUAUCAAUAAAAUGGAUGACCCUACAGUAGAGUGGGAUGAAGCUAGGUUUAUAGAGUGCAGAGAGAAAUUGCUCCCUUACCUUCGCAAAUGUGGUUUUAAUCCAAAGACUGAUUUGUACUUUAUGCCUUGCUCUGGUUUAACUGGGGCUUAUCUCACUACUGUUCCUGAUGAAUCGGUGUGUCCUUGGUACACAGGACCCUCAUUAUUAGAAUAUUUGGACUUGAUGCCUCCUAUGAGCAGAGCACAAGAUGCACCUGUAAGGGUCCCACUAGUAGAUAGAUACAAGGAUAUGGGUACAAUUGUCUUAGGUAAAAUUGAAUCUGGCGUUGUAACAACAAAUCAAAAAUUGUUAAUGAUGCCUAAUAAGACACCAGUUAGGGUGAUGAACAUAGUAUCUGAUGAAGAUGAAAGUGAAGAUGCCAUGCCUGGUGAAAAUGUGCGAUUAAAAAUCAGUGGUGUAGAAGAAGAGGAUGUUUCUCCUGGUUUUGUCCUUUGCUCACCUGAAAAUGUUUGUAACACAGGAAGAAUUUUUGAUGCUCAGAUUGUAAUUUUAGAAUACAAAUCAAUAAUCUCAGCUGGAUACAGUUGUAUUUUGCACAUUCAUACCUGUGUUGAAGAAGUCACUCUUAAGGCAUUAAUUUGCCUAAUAGACAAAAAAACAGGAGAAAAAACUCAAGUACGCCCAAGAUUUAUUAAACCAGACCAAGCAGGCAUUGCAAGACUUGAAGUGAAUGGUGGUCUUAUCUGUCUGGAAACUUUCAAAGACUUUCCUCAAAUGGGAAGAUUUACUCUUAGAGAUGAACUUAAAACUAUUGCCAUUGGAAAAGUUCUCAAGAUAAUAGAAUGAGAAGUGCAAUCAACUGCUGAUCUCUGCUUAGGUGCAGGACACCGGCCUCCUAGGCAGAAUACCCUCCUACUUUGACACAUUAUCUGAAAAGAUAGACUGUCUCAAAUUCUUAACACGAAAGUACUGUUAAUUAUUCAUGUUUCAAAAGUUUUAGUGCCUGUAAGAUGUUUCAGGCUUUUAGGGGGUUUAUUUAAAUCUACACGAGUAGAUUCUGAGUUGGAAUGCACAAACUCGUUCUGAAAAUUUGAGAAACUAACAUUUUAUGCAACAGUAAUGAUUGCCAACUGAUGCACUGUCUGAUAAUGUGCAUGUUGUGAAGUUGGUGUGAUUUACAUAAGCAUAGAAUUUAUUGCGCAACUUACUAUUCAUCUCAGAGGGUUUUGGUGUUUGCCAACCUUAUGGUAAUUAAAUUUUAAAUAUAGUUAAAUUGCAAAGUACAUUGUAUAUAUCUGUGUAAUUUUAGUGCUAUUUAUUUCUUUAAAAUGUAGUCACUGAGUGAAAAGAUAAUCUGUUUAGUAUUAUACCCGUCAUCUGAAACGUGUUGCCUUUAGAAGCACUUUAGAAGUAUCUUUCGAGGAGAUAAAAUUAAUAAGUCUUUAAGAAAUAAGGAAACUCAAAAGUUGCUAGUUUAAGUGGAUACCUUUUUUUUUUAAGAAGAGGUACAAUAAUUGAAAAAAUUACAUAAUGUAAUGCAAGAUGAUCACUUUUAGCAUUGAUGCACAUUACUUGACUGUUUGUUGCACCAUUACAAAAUGUAAUCUUAUUUUGCUGAUAACCGUUUAAGACCUAAUUACUAGUAAACAUUGCAUCAAAUCAAAUGUUGGGUGAUUGGGCUUUCAAAUUUAGUGUUCCCUGCCAUAAUUUUCAAUGGAAAAUUUUGAGUUUGAUGGCUAUUAUAAUUCCUUUAUCAAAACCUUACCUGAAGUUGCGAGUGGCAACUGAAAGCCUAUAAAAUAUAAUGCUCAUCUGAUUAUGCACCUUUUGAAAUUUGCAAAUAUCCACAGCAGUGGUGUCAUCUGUAUGUUACAUUAAGAAAUUUAAAUCUAUGGGUAAUAAAAAUUGGAUUUGGGUAUGCGAACUGAAUAGCUGUUUGGGCGGAAUAAUUCUUAGUUUCAAAAAGUAUUUUGUACAAAUUAAUUGGGAAGUUAGUUUUACUUAAUAUGUAUGCAAUAUCUUCAACAUUUGAAUAAAGGGCAUUUAAAGUUUGCUGGUGAAACUUCAUGGUAAUUUAAUUGCUACUUUAUAAUUACAUGCCUUAUUGUAUUCUUAAUAAGCUUGAUAUUGGUGAUAUUUUCCUUGCAGUUAUGCUUCUGUACAGUGACUUUAUUAAGUAUUUAUUAAAUACUUAUUUGUAAGCAUGUAAAAUUCCAGAUAUGUAUAUUUAUGGGAGUGAAUGCAAUGACAUUGUUUUAUCAUUUAAUGUGAAUGUGAUUUUUAUCUGGACUUAAACUGAUUGCUAGAAUAAACUUUCAGAUUAUAUGGUUUUAAAAACCCACAUGGUUAGAGUGAAGACGAGUGGACAUGUAUGUUACAAUUUUAUCUCUACAAGCAGUUACUACUAAAUGAGUUGUGUAUCUGUUGCUGCAGUGGAAAUUUGUUCUUGAAUGGUUUUGAUUAUUUGGAGCAAUUUAUUAUAUUGUUCAUGGAAAUUUAAUUUGUACAAUCAAAUGUUACAUUCAUGUAUGAAAAGUUAAAGAUGGAUGAAACUUCAUACCACCAGAAAAGCAAAUAAAAUAUUUUUCCAUCCA